AUGUCUCAUUUUGCGCCACAGUUAUUGACAAGCGCAAUAGUCCAUCUCCGCGAUCGUAGUCACAACGUCGUUAAGUGUCGAGCAUUAUUGGAUACGUGCGCCACCGCCAAUUUUAUAUCCGAAUCUAUUGUCGAACGUUUAGACGUACACGUGACCAAGCAUUCGGUGACAAUCGGCGCGAUUAAUGAGAUGAAUUCCGAGUCAAGGGGCAUGGUACAAGUCGUCAUGCAAUCAUUGCAUGACGAUUUCCGCAAACCGUUAACAUGCUUGACUGUACCGGCAAUCACGGAUCUAGUUCCUUCGGAAAUAUUCCCACGAAACUUGUUCAAAAUUCCACCGAACAUUAGACUUGCCGACCCGGACUUUCAUAUACCGCGUGCUAUUGAUUUGUUAAUCGGCUCCGGAGCGACGCUGUCGUUAUUCUCGGUCGGACAAAUCAAUCUGUCGCAAAGAAAUCACGAUCUUUAUUUGCAGAAAACGCGGCUAGGUUGGGUGGUCGCCGGGAGCCCAUCGGCGCCGCUCCCCUCAAGGUCGGCAACGUGUCACUUAACGAGCCUAGAGAAACAGCUAGUCAAAUUCUGGGAAAUCGAAGAAAUAACGACGGAUAAACCGCGAUCAGAGGAGGAGAAUCUGUGCGAAGCACAUUUUUUAGAGACCGUUUCUCGCGAUAAUGACGGACGAUACGUAGUUCGGCUACCAUUUCGAAAAAUAAACAACCAUCUAGGCAAUUCACGCAACGUCGCGCUUAAGCGUUUAACAUCCUUAGAACGCAAACUCAACGCGAACGAUUCAUUAAAGAGCGAAUACGCUCGGGUAAUCGAGGAACACCUCAAGUUAAACCACAUCUCAUUGGUAAAGAAUCCUACUGACGACGGGUAUUACAUGCCUCACCACGCGGUACGCAAAGAAUCGAGUAACACUACCAAAACGAGAGUGGUUUUCGACGCGUCCGCGAAAACGAGCGAAGGCGUAUCACUAAACGACGUGUUAAUGGUAGGCCCCACAAUCCAAAGUAAGCUAUUCGCGCAUUUAAUUCGGUUUCGCGCGUAUCCUUAUGUUCUCACGGCAGACAUCGAAAAGAUGUAUUGUCAGGUGCGGGUGCAUAAAGACGAUCGACGCUAUCAAAAAAUACUUUGGCGAGUAAACGAGAGAAUCGAGACGUUUCAGUUCAAUACGCUCGUUUUCGGUAUCUCUUCGUCACCAUUCUUAGCCACUCGCGUGUUACAAAAACUCGCGGACGACGAACGUGGUAUGUACCCUAGGGCCGCGAAAAUUCUCGAGUCACAUCUAUAUGUAGAUGAUUUAUUAACCGGUGCAGGGACGAUCGAAGAAGCUCGAACAAUUCGGAAUGAGAUAAUCGCGUUGUUAGCUAAGGGCGGCUUCACCAUUAGGCAGUGGGCGUCCAACGACGAACGGAUCGUUAAUGACUUAAUUACCAGCGCGCUACACGCAAAUUUUACGUUAAACGUAGACCGUUCGCUCAAAACGUUAGGAGUAACGUGGAAUGCGCGCGGCGACCAAAUAUGUUAUUCAGCUCACUCUAUCGAGAUCACGGAGCAAUUAACGAAACGAAACGUAUUAGCAGAAAUUGCGAAAAUUUUCGAUCCGUUAGGGUUGUUGGGCCCCAUUGUUCUGUACGCUAAAAAAAUCAUGCAGGAUGUAUGGCGGUGUAAACUGCAAUGGGACGAAUCCGUCCCACAGAGUCUAUAUACUAACUGGUUAGAAUUCGUUCGACAACUAGAAUCGAUGGGUCGAGUCUCGUUUGAUCGCAAAUUGCUCGUGGACGAUUGUCAUAAUAUUCAGAUUCACGGAUUCUGCGACGCCAGCAGUGUCGGUUACGGCGCCUGCCUGUACGUGCGUUCGAGCGGAAAACGCGGAAAAACGAUAUGUAGAUUAGCAUGCGCUAAGUCGCGAGUCGCGCCAUUAAAAACAGUAACGAUACCGCGACUGGAACUCUGCGGCGCGUUGUUGUUGGCUCGCUUAUAUCGCGAAGUUAGCAGCGCAUCGAAUGUCAAGCCCGAUAAGGUCGUUUUUUGGUGCGAUUCGACGAUAGUGCUCCAUUGGCUAAAAACGUCACCGCAUUCAUUGAAAACCUAUGUAGCGAAUCGAGUUUCCGAAAUCCAAGAAAUUACCGGUCCGCAUGCAUGGCGACACGUGGGUUCGGAAGAUAAUCCGGCUGACGCAGCGUCGAGGGGGCAAUUGCCGAAUGCCUUCCUGCGGAACCAAACGUGGUUCGAGGGCCCCUCGUGGUUAAACAAAGAGGAAAGCGAUUGGCCUCAUCAAAUUACGCAAUCUAUCGACAUACCCGAACUAAAAAAGAAUAUUUGUUUGGUGACGACAUACACCGAUCUCGGGAUCUUAGAAAGAAUUUCGUCGUACUCUAGACUGCUUCGAGUUGUCGCGCAUUGCCUUCGCUGGCGACCGGAUAAUAAAUGUACCGGUACUCUAAAGGCGACGGAGAUUAACGCGGCCGAAAUACGAAUAUUAAGGAUCCUUCAAUCCACGCAGUUUCUCAAUGAAAUCAAAGCGCUUACAGAAAACAAAGAUUUACCAAAUAAAAGUAAAAUCGCUAAUUUAAAUCCUUUCAUCGAUGAAAACGGUUUGAUUCGCGUCGGAGGACGGCUCCAAUCGUCGCAGUUGACUUUCGCGCAAAGGCAUCCGAUUCUGCUUCCGAGCCGACAUCACUUAACAGACUGCAUAAUUCGAGAGACGCAUGAAAGACAUUAUCACGCGGGCAUUCAAAGCACCUUACACACCCUCCGGCAAAAAUUCUGGCUGCUCGACGGCCGCAAUCAAGUGCGAAAGGUAGUUCGCGCGUGCACUCGCUGCUUCCGUUUUAGCGCUAGCACAGUCGAAUAUAAAAUGGGGAAUCUCCCACCGGCUCGCGUGCGCGAGGCAGUACCGUUUGCCAACACGGGCAUAGAUUUUUGCGGACCGUUCUAUAUCAAGGAGAAAAAGCACCGGAAUCGAGCGAAAAUCAAAGCUUACGUGUGCGUAUUUAUAUGCAUGUCAGUUAAAGCCGUCCACCUCGAACUCGUAAGCGACUUAUCUUCCGACGGAUUCAUUGCCGCACUGCGCCGAUUCUCCUCUAGACGAGGAUUACCAGAACAUAUUUAUUCCGACAACGGAACUAACUUUGUAGGCGCGAACAACCAACUAAAGGAAAUGUAUCAGCUAUUUAACUCUGAACAACAUCAGAAUAUCGUGAAUAGAUUCGCUAGCGAGCAUCGCAUUUUAUGGCAUUUCAUACCGCCAAUGGCUCCACAUUUCGGUGGAUUAUGGGAGUCGACAGUGAAGCUUUUUAAGCAUCACGUUAAGCGAGUAGUAGGAGACUCCUUGUUUACCUUUGAAGAACUGAAUACUUUUAUUGCCGAAGUCGAGGGUAUUCUAAACUCUAGGCCAAUUACGACACUCUCAUCCGAUCCGAAUGACUUGCUCGCGUUAACGCCCGCUCACUAUCUUAUCGGGAAACCACUAACGGCCCUUCCCGAGGGCAAUCUCUCAUCUGUUCCAGCCAAUCGAUUAUCCACUUGGCAACACAUCACCAAAGUAAGACAAGACUUUUGGUCACGUUGGCAUUUGGAAUAUUUAAACGAGCUCCAAAUCCGAAGUAAAUGGGUCAAGGACGGGCCAGAGCUCGAGGUUGGAAUGAUCGUACUAAUAAAAACCAAGGGCCUACCAUGCACGCAAUGGGCAUUAGGCAGGAUCACAGAUUUACGCCGAGGCGAAGACGGAGUCUCUCGAGUUGCCAUUCUCAAGACUGCAAAUGGAGAAUUAAAGCGGGCAACACGACUUCUCUGUCCAUUGCCAGUGGAACAAGGUCACAAGACCCCCGAAACACAGUCAUAA